AGGUUCAUAUAUUAGUCUUCUCAUGGGCACGUUGGUCGGCAUCCACAGGAUGGUCACCUGAAAAUUAAACAUGAGAUUUUUACGCCGGAAAAUAGCCAUCAUAAUUGUUUUGGCUUAUGCGAUAUUUUCGCUGUAUGCAGCGUAUAGUGUAUUUUUCAACAAGACGGUUAUUUCUCGCGUUCAUCGAGUAGUGAAAAAGGGCUCUGCGAUUAUAGAUAAUGGGAAAGCAGGAGAGGAAGAGUGGAACCCAUGGGAAGAGGAUGAGCGUGCAUACUCCUUAUCUCUGCAAAAGCGGAGAGAUGCCUUCAGAUCAUACCAAGAUCAUGCUGCUAAGAACAGGCCAAAAACAUAUAAAGUUCAGAUCUGGGGCAAAGCUGCCAUUGGACUUUAUUUGUGGGAACAUGUUUUAGAAGGGCCUCUCAACCCACCAGACAAAUCCAGCCAAUGGAGAGAAGGAGAGAUUCAGUCUGGGAAGAUCAAUUUCAGUUUCUACACGGGGCCAGCAGUGGUCCAAGGGCAUGUUUCUCUCGACACAGACAGUGUGGUGUUGGUUUUGAAUGGCCGUGAGCAGCAGAAAAUCUCAUCCUCCCUCCAGUGGCUGCAGCACGUCCAGGGACUGGUGCAGUUGCGCUCUGUCUCUCGGGUUGCUGUGGUUCUUUUGGGCAAUGAGCAGUGCAAUAAUGACUGGAUCAGUCCUUACCUUAAGAGGCAUGGUGGGUUUGUAGACCUGCUCUUUCUUGUGUACGACAGUCCUUGGAUCAAUGAUAAAGACAUCUUCCAGUGGCCACUGGGCGUUGCCACAUACAGGAAUUUCCCUGUGGUCACACUUAGUGGUCAGAUGCUGAAAACUGCUAGACCAUAUCUGUGCAACUUUCUCGGGACUAUAUACAAAAACUCCUCCAGGGAAACUCUCAUGGGCGUCCUGCAGCAGAACGGCAUGGAGAAAGAUUGUCUUGUGCAUGUUAGAGAGAAGUGGCUUCCUCAAGAGACAGCAGACACCUCUAGACAGUACCAGAUGGCGUUAGCACAAAGUGACCUCACUCUUUCUCCAGUUGGAGUGAACACAGAGUGCUACCGCAUCUAUGAAGCCUGUGCCUAUGGCUCUGUGCCCGUAGUGGAGGACGUCCUGACUCCAGGGGCCUGUGCAGUUGGUAACCGGUCCCCGCUUCACCUACUUAAAGAUGCAGGAGCACCCUUCAUCUUCCUAAAGGACUGGCGGGAGAUGCCUGCCAUCCUGGAGAGGGAGAGAGGGAUGAACCAGAAAGAAAAAACGGAGAGGAGGAUGAGACUGCUGGAGUGGUACAGUGGCUUUCGUCAGCAGAUGAAGGACAAAUUCACAGAAGUGUUGGAAGAUGCCUUUUUCAAAAUCACCUAGUAUUAGUUUGGAAACUUUAAAGUGAUAGUUCACCCAAAAAUAAAAAUUCAUCGUUUUAGUCAUUUUUACUCAACCUCAUUUAAUUCCAAACCUGUAUGACUUGCUUUCUUCUCUGUAACACAAAAGACGAUAUUUUGAAGAAUGUUGGUAACAAAAUGUUUUCAGGACCCAAUGACUUAUUGUGAAAAAAUAAUAAUAAAUACAUAAAUAAAUACUAGUCAAUGGGACCAGGAAGUGUUCUUUGUGUCUCAUGGAAGAAAGAAAAGCAUACAGGUUUGGACAUGAUAGUUUCUAACAUUCUUAUUUUUCAUUUUAAUACAGUCUCACAUAAAGAACAGUUUGUCACUUUAUUUUUGGAGCUGUUCAUUGAUUUGGUUUGGACACAGUGAUUUACUUGUUGAUCUUAUACAUGUGAAAUAUAAGAUGCUACUGUAUGUUAUAAUACAAUAUGUUUUACCUUAUGCAGCCUCCAUUUUUACUGUAAAGUAUUAAUUUAUUAAGUCAUGAUGUUUCAGUGAAAAUAAUGCAAAAGUAGUUUUUUGUUUUUGUUUUUUAGUUUAUAACCUAGCUGGGCUACAUAGUCAGAUAUUUAACAUUGUUAACAUUUCAUUUUUCUCUCUUGAAGGUGUUUUUUUGCUUUCCGCUCAGUGCAAGUUAUUAAAAUAACUUAAUUUUACAUUUAA